GGGAAGUGUCAAUAAAUGGAGAGAGUUGUAAUGGUAAAAGAGCAGAUAGCUCACAACCCGUGAUGUAAAGCUCACAAGAAAAAAACAUGAAUGCAGUCCAACGUCAGCGAAUCAUACGAUGUGGUUGGCUGAAGAAGCAAGGGGGGAUGGUGAGGACCUGGCAUCGGAGAUGGUUCUGUCUCAACAAUGAUUUCCUCUUCUAUUUCGCCAAAGAGGAUGAUUCCCGGCCCCUGGGCUGCAUAUUCCUCCCUGGAAAUAGGGUGUCCGAGGUUCCAUUUAAUCCAGAUGAUCCAGAAAAAUGUUUAUUUGAGAUAAGUGCAGAAGUGUCUUUAAUGGAUGAUCCAGGUAAAGGACAAACAAAAAUGGCCCCUAAUCAUGAAACUUACAUCUUAUGGGCAACCAAUGAUGAGGAGCGACAAAAAUGGAUCAAAGAUAUGAGAAAAGUCAUGUACUCCUCCUUUGGGGGAGCUAUAUUUGGACAAAGCUUAGUGGAGACAAUGGCUUAUGAGCAUAAACUUGGUAGACGAUUGCCUUUCCUUAUGGAGCAGUGUGUCAAUUUCUUGACAGAGAAUGGACUAGAAGUAGAAGGCAUUUUCAGAUUACCUGGUCGGAAUUUGCUGAUUAAAGACCUGAAAGAAAGAUUUGACUCAGCAGAACGUGUUAUAUUUGAUGAUGAUGAAGUGGAUGUACACACUGUAGCCUCCUUGUUAAAACUCUAUCUCCGAGAACUACCUCAGUCAGUGAUACCUGCAGAAUACUACCAGAAGUUCAUGAACAUUGCCCUCAGAUUCCAAGGGUCACAAUCAAACGAUGGUAAGCAGAAAGCCAUAGAUGAUUUACGAGUGUCCUUAACUGAUCUCCCUGAAGACAAUUUUAAUGUUUUGUCCUUCUUAUGUAAAUUCCUGGCUCUCGUUGGCAAACAUUCAGAUGUUAACAAGAUGACUGUGUUGAAUAUUGCUACAGUGUUUGGACCAAACAUUAUUCGAAAUGUCUCAGAGGCAGAUAGUGCAGAAUUGCUCAUGGCAACUGCAGAUAUAACCCACCAGUUGGUAUUUAUGAUGAUCGAGUAUGAAAAAGAAUUAUUUGGGGAAAAACAGGCAGAGACUGUUCCAGUUGGCAAUCUUUUGGACUUAGAGCCAUAUGAUAGAACUAGUGUUCUCAAGCCCACUUCACUGAAUCUUAUGGACUGCAUUAACAAGGAAUUAUAUGGUACAGAUGUGUCAGAAAAGGAAGCAAAUUUUCAAAAUUUGGAUUUUAAUUUGUUAGCUUUGGCAGGUGAGACUAGUUCUCCUGUUGCUGAGAGUAAACCUGUAGCCCCUGCCAGGAGAAAGAGGGUGGUCCAAAGGAGGGGCGAGAACAGGAAGGUGGUGGUGUCCAGUUCGACAGAGGAAUUGGAAACCCACUUUCCUGUGGUGCAAGAGUCAGACAUUAUGUUCCAGGACCCACAAUCUCCCGAGUCAAAGCUUCCAAAUGGCCAGCUAGCAGAAGAAAUUCAGAAAGUGGAUGAAGAUGUUAACAGCAAAUGUGCACGCCUAGAAAAGGAAAACAAAGAAUUGCAAGAAAUUAAAGUGAAGCAAGAAGUGAAGAUAAAUGAAAUGAAAAUGAAAAUAGUCCGAUUGGAGAGAUACAUUAAGGAAUUAAGUUCUAGUAACUCUGUGAUCAUACAGAGGUAUGAAAGCAGAAUUUCUACCAUGGAUAAUGCUCAUAGAGCCUCUGUAAAAACUCUGCAGGACAAAUUGGCCGCAGAGAAGAAGUCCACAGAUGAAGCGGUCAAGCGUGUCAUGAUCCUGCAGACUCAGCUUCAGCAUUAUAACCUCAAGUUUGGCGAACUUCCUGAUUAAAUUCUUUAAAAUUAUACAAUUUAAGGCAAAUCUUGAAAUUGUAGGGUAGAAAUUGGGAUUAUUUUGAAGGGGUAGGGGUACAAAAUUGAUUAUUUUACUUAUCAGAUUGCAAAUUUUGUCUCUCUGUGUUUUGAGGUUAAGAUACAGUUUGAGAAUCGUGCUGAACUGUACGACCCUAAGAACGGUUUGUAAUCCUUAGAACUUAACAAACUUUCUUUGUUUUAAUGGCUUACAUAGUCAUAUAUAUUUGUGUAAAACAAUCUUUCUAGAAGUAAAUCCAGGAUGUUUAUAAAUCACAUGUACAGUUAUAAACAACUCAGUAAGGCUGAUAUUUUAACUGUGUUAUUCUUCUAUGGAGUGAGAUAGUUAGUUCUGUGCUUAAUCAUGUCAACAAUGUUAAGUUGUAGCAAUACAGUGGCGCACUUGGGCAAUAUGAAAGGUCAAUUUUUUGCAUAGAUAUUUGUAAUGCAAUAUCAAUUAAUGCUCAAUAUAAUUUUCUGAGUUUUGCACUUUUGUCUUUUAAGUUCAGGGUUAAAUGUUAAGCUGCAUGUAGAACUUUGCUCAUUCCAAGAAGUGUACAUGUAUAUUACUCUUUAGCAUUGUAUUGAAUGAUCUCUUCAUAUAACAUAAAAAGGAAAUUUUUUGAGACUCAGUAUUGCAAUAUCUUAGGUAAACAUUCCAUUUCUAAGUUACACUACCUUGACAAUAGUCAUCCAGUAAUAAAAUUAAUUUCUUUAGUUUUUCAUUUCUUAACCCUGACAAUGUAACCCUCUAUGUAACUGUUUCCUGCUUAUUGUAAUGAAUUUGAUUCAAAUGGCAUUACAGCGUACAAUGCAAUCAUCUGACCAUCUCAUGUAGUUUAUUUUUAUGUCCUGUUUAUAUAUUGUAAUAAAAGAAAGGGUACUUUUUUCAUUGUCCAUUCCAUAUGUGACCUUUAAUUAGUUUCAGGAAAAAAAUGAUGAUGUGACAUUCACAGUUAUUGUAACAAUGUCUAUUUUAGGCCUUUCAUAUUCAUUUAAACACAUUUUAUUACCCAGUAUUGCAUACAAUAUUGAAAUUUAUAAUCUGUAUUAUUGAUAAAUCAGGUCCUGAGAUUAUGGUUGAUAAUUAGUCUCCACAUGCGUCUAGGUCCAUUGAAGUAUUUCUUGUCAAUGUACAUAUGUAAUUUGACAUGUCUCAUUCUUAGCUUGGUAAACAUUCCAAAUGUUAUAGUUCACAGACAGUGGUUCUUGUACUAAUGUAAUUUGACACUGUCUCAUUCUUAGCCAAAUAAUUAUAAACAUUCUAGAUAUAAUUCAGUCACCAUAAUGCUUGUACUAAUUAAACCACGGACCUUCUUUUUCUCAUACAAAAGAAUAGGGUAAUGUAAAUCCAAUGAUAAUAUAAAUCUAUUUGUGGACUUUCCCAACCCAGUGUAAGCUUUUAUUAGUAGAUACAUUUUUUACCAUGUUAAUUGAUGAAUUGAAAUUACUUUAUUAGAACAGGAAAUAUAUUUAUGAUACUUGAAUUUAUUUAAUUCACAUAGUUGGAAAAUUGAAAAUUUAUUGUAUGAAGUUUUUCCCCUUGUUUUUUUAGAUGUAAGUUAAGACAAGAUUUAGGGGAUUUCCUGUAUUAGAUUUUUUCAUCAUUAUUUUCAUGAAAUCUAUAGUGGAAUAUGUUUAAUACAUUAAUGUUUAUAAUGAUAUUCAUGUGGUUCUGUUUUCUGAUUAACGAGUGCUAAAGUCUGCAUCCUACAAGUGCUUAGCUAGUCACAUUAAAUUAAGUAGUAAAUAAACAAUGUAACUGUAUGUUUUAUUUCAAGAAUCAGAACUGAUAAGAGUUAAACAUAGCCGAUAUACAUAAUAUAGAGAAUACUGUACGUGUACAUAAAUUGGCGUAUUCAAAAUUUAGCACAAUCACUGGGUAUGGAGUUGUUGGCGAAAUCAUGAAUUAGUGCUAUACAUGUCUGUGCCGUAUAUUGUAUUUGUAAAUGACUUCUUAACGGUAUUCAUGAAUUAGCGCAUCUUUGUCUGCGCCAAAACCACUAAAAUAUGAAGCCCACUUUUUUAACUACGCAUAUAGUACCACAUAAAAUGCAAAUAACCAAUAUUAGAAGUUCAGAAUCAGCCUGGGGGUCACUAAUAUUUUGUACCGUAUAUCUUUACUUUUCUGACAUUUUACAGUUAACUCUGGUGCUGUAUAGAAAGUUUAUAUAUAUAAAAUGUUUUUUGAAUUCCGUGAUGGUAAUAUUUGAAAAGCUCUACACGUUAUAUUUACUUUCGCUCAAUUUUUUCCUUACAUGAACAAAGUUAUGUAUUUUUUUCUACACACUUUUUCGAUGUACUAGUAUUUUGUGCUUAUAUUUUGUUGUCUUUGAAUGUCAUAAGCUUGCUGGGUGCUAAUUAAAACCUAACAUUAUUUUCUGUUAUUGUUACAAAC